AUGCAAUACCGUUUUCUCGGAAACUCUGGUUUGAAAGUAUCUGUCCUGUCCAUUGGUGGAUGGAUUACCCAGGGUGCACAGCUCAGCAAUGACGUUGCCUUUGAAUGCCUAAAGGCUGCAUAUGAUGCUGGCAUCAACUUCUUUGAUACGGCAGAAGUCUAUGCUGCAGGCGAAUCUGAAAAGGUUAUGGGAUUGGCCAUCAAAAAGUACGGUUGGGAUCGCUCAUCGCUGGUAGUUUCUACUAAACUCUACUGGGGUGGCGAAGGACCCAACAACAAAGGUCUAUCUCGCAAGCAUAUUAUCGAAGGUGCUAAUGCAUCUCUCAAGCGUCUCCAGCUUGACUAUGUUGAUCUGAUCUAUGCCCAUCGACCUGAUGAACUAACUCCCAUGGAGGAAAUUGUCCGCGCAUUCAAUUUCCUGAUCGACCAGGGUAAAGCCUUUUACUGGGGCACAUCUGAAUGGUCUGCCGAACAACUGACUGAUGCUUACAGGGUUGCUGAAAAACUGAAUCUGAUUCCCCCAUUAAUGGAGCAACCUCAAUACAACAUGUUCCAUCGCGAGCGCUUCGAGGUUGAAUACGCUCCACUGUACAAAAAGCAUGGCUUGGGUACCACCAUCUGGUCUCCUCUGGCUUCAGGCGUCCUCACUGGCAAAUACCUCGACAGUAUUCCCGCUGACUCGCGUCUCGCUCUGCAAAAUAAUUCCAUUAUGCAGGGCAUUGUCAAGGAGCUUCAAUCUGAUGCCGGAAAACUCAAGCAGGAAAAGAUUCGCAAGCUCAAGACUCUUGCCGAAAGUCAUGGAUGCACGCUUGCUCAGUUUGCUCUUGCUUGGUGUAUUAAGAAUCCUAAUGUCUCGAGUGUCAUUCUUGGUGCCAGCAAGGUUUCGCAGGUUACUGAAAACCUAAAGGCCCUCGACGUUUGUGCCAAACUGACUCCUGAAGUUAUGACUGAGAUUGACUUGAUUCUUGAUAACGUACCCGUGCAUCCC